UUAAAAUAUGAAGUACACGUGCUUUCCACCUGACAUUGUGAGCCAUUUGAAGGGUUCCUUUGAAAUUAGUUAUACAGAGGUUCCAAGCUUUGAAAGAAACUACUAUAAUCGUGGCAAAAUGGAUUCAGUCGAAGGUUUAUCAAAAGAGUUUGGAAUUCAGGCCUUCGUUCUUGGUUUGACAUUUGUUGUGAGACUGUUUACACUCCUUCUUUCAAAUGGAUAUCAAUUCAACACCACUAAGAAGGUUGGGUAUAUUAAGAAAGUUCUUGCACUUGCUUGGUUAAGAUACUUGAUGAUCAUUAUUGAUCAACAGAAAGAAGUUGAGUAUGAGAUAGAUCCAGAUUCUUAUUUUGGCAGAUUUUAUCCAACCCAAGACUUGACAUGGUACAUUCUGCUGAUAUGUGGAAUUAUGGAAUCAAUGAGCUUACUUGACAUGUUUAAUAACACUCAAAUCCCAUUUUUAGCUAAUAGCACUGAAAUAGUUCAAAGAGAGAAUGGAGUGGUAAGGUAUUCAAAUGAAGAACAUGAAUUUAUUGAUAAUUUCAAUUUCUUUGAUAUGGUAGCACUUACUCUCAAUGCCUUAUUUUUAUAUUUCAGUCUUGAUCUGUACUUUAAUCAAGGUUUUGGAAGUUUCUAUCCUGAAGAGCUAAGGAUAUAUUGUUGUUUCGAGAUAUGCUUAAUGACAAUGUCCUUACUCCUAAAACCAUAUGAAACAGUGAGGUUCCCAAAGAUGGUUACUAUGAUAAUCCCCGUAAUAGUUUUCAGUAUCAGUAUCUACAAGCUAAUAGAGUUGUUCAGGCUUACUAACAGUGACAACAGCUUUAUCCUCUUCAUUAUCGAAUUUAUCCUACUCAUCCAAGGCAGAGGGAGUAUCUAUCUGGCUUCUUUCAUUAUGUUCUUCUUCGUGAAAUCAUAUGUUAUUAUUUACCUGACUCAUAAAGAAAAGGCAGACGAUCUGGACCAGAUAGAAGAAGAGCAAAGAAAAAUUAUUGAAGAAAGAAGAAGGAUGAUAGAGGAAAGGCUGAAGAAGCAUGAAGAAAGACAAGCGCUUAUGAUUCACUCUAGAUUGGACAACAGUGGAGGCCUCCAAGGAUUCGAAGGCAUCAGUCUUUUCAAAGACAUCUCAUGCGUGUACACCUGUAUUGCAGAAGAGUUUUAUAGGAUUAAGGCCAAUGGAGAUAUUAUUAAGGAGAAUCUGACUGAAUUCGUCAAGCUGAGUACUGUCCAAUCUGUUAGUUUUAUUAAGAAACAGUUCUUUAACUUCUAA